CCCAGUCCCGUCAGACCUGCGACGGCCACCGACCCGAACACAGCCCCGCGCACUCCUCCGGCCACCCGUCCCGUGCUCACACGCCUCCACGCCUCCCUCGCCACGCCGCCACAACUCAGCCACCGAGGACACCGGUCGCUGCUGUAGCACGCCGGCCAGGAGGCGCUGAGGGACGCGUCACCUCUGUUAGGUUAGAGGCCGCUGCAUUAUCUCUGACGCACCGCACAGGUCAUUGACCCUGCAACGUGCCCUGACCUAAGGCAAGGUUGUGUGUGCCGCCGUGACAACCAGUCCUCGAGAUUUGGCACCGCCAGUAGUGAGUGUUAGCAGCGAGCAGAGUGUGUGGUGAGGCGCAGCAGUGCAAUCGUGUCCACCAGUCCACUCAUAACAGUGCCAGCCAGCCGACACGUGUGGCAAGUGGUGUAGUCUGCACAGCCUCCCCAUUCCACCCAGUGUGAGUGUGUGUCGCUGUUUGGGGCCACGUACAGUGCCCUUGGUGAAGAAACAACCAAGAAAAACAUCAGGAGGGACAGGAGGACGGGUGUGAGCGGCAGCAAGGGCGCCAGUGUUGUGAGCGCGCGAGGAGUAUCUCGCCCAGGUCAUUCACCCCGGCACGGUGGUGGUGGUGGCGGCGGCCUUGUGGCCUCACCCUCUCACAAGUUCUUACGUUGCUCACACGCUGCCCCUGACGCCCUUAUCAGUGCCACCGACUCCCGUGACGCCCUUCGUGUGUGCUAGGGCGUGUGUGGCCACCGCAGCCCGCAGUGGUGAGGCUUGAGUAAGGACUCAGCCUGUAGUGAGGUGCCGAGGGUUCAUUGACCCCGAGCUGUGAGCUGCGCGCACCACGCACACCCACCGCUGCCUCCACCACGCCCGCACGCCCACCACAGCUCCCUCCUUGUAAUCAUCCACCCUAAGUUGUGCACAAAUUGAAAAUGUACAUGGAGUGUAGAUCGUUGUGAGUGGGAGAGUGAAGAUAGUACAGGCGGUGGGAGGGUACCUGGUGACGCGGCGGCCGGCCCACCACCACCACCACUACCACCACCCCACCACAUCUUAUUACAAGCCCGUCACCACCCCGCCGCCCGGCAACACCCCGCCCCGCCCUCCGUCACUAGUGGUCCCGCCGAGGCUCCCCUGGGCUUUUGUGGACACCCCUGUUACGCCAUCGUGGUGAGCCGCGCCGCCCCGUGCGAGGCGUGUCACUCAUCCCGUGGCACCCGGCGGACAGUGCCAUGCGAGUGGAGUACAUGGCGUAGUGUGUGGUGGCGCUGCGGUGUGCAGGGGUGCGGAGUCUCGGCUGGACUCAUGGUGCAGCACAUCUCCCUCACUCCCCCUGGCUGUAGGUGCUUCUCCCCCGUGCUGGCCCUGCCUAUCUCCUCGGCUUUCCGCUUUAGAACUAUACCCGAUUACGCUAUCAUGGGGAGCAGCAGCGGGUAGCUCCCUCUGCUGUAUCGCCGCGAGUAUCGCCGCCACAAACGGAAAUGGGAAAUAACCCGAGCUGUGUGAGGUGAUCCCUGGCUGCCGCGGCUCCUCGACCGCCCCUAACGGAGAACUGUGUCCCUCUUUUCCUUCCUCUGUCCUUGCUACUUUAAGUGACUCGUGGCUUUAAACCCCGGCACGUGUGUGGUCACUGACCCGGCUGGACUGCACUGAGCGUUCGUGUUGUUGUUGUUAUUAUCACCGCCAUUCAAACCACUAUUAUUAUUAUCGUUAUCGUAUUAUUAGUGUGUGCGUGUGUGUGUUCGAGUGUGUGGGUGUCCUGCCGCCGCACAUUGCUCGAUCCAAAAUAGGAAUUAAUCCACAGAAUUUGCGAGUAAGAAGUGACCCAUUAAUCCUGGAAAACUGGAUUCCCCGUCGAAGGACCAGUGGGAUUUCGGAACCCUCCUGAAGAGCCCGGAGGAGAACGUGACGAAAAUGGAUAUUCUUAGCGAACUUUUUGGGCCAGGGUGGGCGAACGAGGUGACGGGUGACGCGGUAGACACAACCACCCCCUCCUCCUCCACGCCCACGCCCACCACCCGCCCGCCCUCCACCGAGAAGAAGUCAAACUCCAUCAAAGGUAAAGCCCAAAUUGAGAUCAUCCCGUGCAAGGUGUGUGGCGACAAGUCCUCAGGUGUUCAUUAUGGAGUCAUUACCUGCGAGGGAUGCAAGGGCUUCUUCCGGCGCUCGCAAUCGUCCGUGGUGAACUACCAGUGCCCGCGCCAGAAGAAUUGUGUCGUGGAUAGAGUGAAUCGUAACCGCUGCCAGUACUGUCGUCUUCAGAAGUGCCUCGCUCUCGGGAUGUCCAGAGAUGCGGUGAAGUUCGGGCGGAUGAGCAAGAAGCAACGGGAGAAGGUGGAGGACGAGGUGCGGUAUCACAAGGCGGCGGCACAGAUGGGUAUGGCGGGCCAGGAGACUUCGCCCGACUCCUCCAUGUAUGAAUCCCCGACGCCCACCUCCUCCGACCUCUACACCCCGACGUACUACGGCUCAGACAUCGCCUCCUUCACCUCCUCCAGCUACAAUUACAUCCCCCAGACCACGACUCCCACGGUGCCCUUCGAGAUCAACCCAGAAUACGUUGUUGACUCUACCACCUUCGACCACCGCCAGCCCUCAUUAGAGCCCCUGCCGGAGUCUGGGGCCAUGUCACCUGUUGUGUCCUCAGGUAAAGGCGGGUUCGCCCAGAGGCAAGCCAACUCGGGGGGAGGAGGAGGAGGAAGCGAGUUAGCUGGUGGUGGUCAGAUGCGGGGUGCUGGGCCUGGCGGAGGUGGGGGUGGAGGAGGAGGUGGUGGUGGUGAAGGAGGAGGGGGAGGAGGGGGAGGUGGUGGCGGUCUCAUGGGAGAAGCGGACAUCAUAAUCAAAGAAGAAGUAGAAACGUGCUUUAACAUGGACACGCUGCAGACCACGAGGCUUUGUGGCACCAGCAGCAGCAGCAUGUCAGACAAAAGCCUCACCUCUGUAGACAGCACCACCUACCUCCCUCCCGGGCCCGCCUCUCCGCCCCUAAGUCAGUCUCAGCAACAACAACAACAACCACAACAACAACAACCACAACCACAACAACAACAACCACAACAACAACAACAACAACAGCAGCCGCACCAGCAACUACAGCAGGCGCAGCUACAGCAACAGCAACACCACCACCACCAGCAACAGACGGGUGGUGGUGUAGCAGGCGCCACGGUGCUACCUGACGAAGAAACUGUGUCCCCUCACCCCACGCAGCUGGCUGAGAUCCUUGCUCGCUGGGUGGCCGACGCGCACCUCAGGACCUGCCUUUACUCCUCAGAACACAUAGCAGACGUCAUGAGGAAACAGUCCCUUGAUAUCUCCAAAGUCACCUACUACAAAAAUAUGGCUCACGAGGAGCUCUGGUUCGACUGCGCCCAGAAGCUGACGUCGGUGAUCCAACAAAUCAUCGAGUUCGCGAAGGCCGUCCCGGGAUUCAGGAAAUUCUCGCAAGAUGACCAGAUCGUCCUUCUCAAAGCAGGGAGCUUCGAGCUGGCAGUGCUGCGGAUGACUCGGUACUACGACGUGAACCAGAACUGUGUGGUGUACGGCGACACGCUGCUGCCCAUGGAAGCCUUCCUCACCACGGAGACUGUGGAAAUGAAACUUGUUAACAACGUCUUUGAAUUUGCCAAAACUAUCGCUGAACUUAAAUUGACAGACACAGAGUUAGGCUUGUACUCUGCUCUUGUGCUGCUACAAGCAGAUCGGCCGGGCUUGCGCGGGACGGACGAGAUCGCCAAACUCAAUGAAGCCGUCGGCCGAUCACUCCUUAUGGAGCUGGACAAGACCCACAGGUAUCCAGUCAAGGGGGACGUGACUGUGUACGCCUUCCUGAUCGCCAAGAUGCCGGCACUCAGGGAGCUCAGCAUGCUGCACCAGGACGCCCUAAGCAAGUUCAAGCGAGCCGCGCCACACCUGCAGUUCUCGGACCUCCACAAGGAAAUCUUCAAUGUGGACUCCUGAGGUGCCUCGCGCGGACUACGUGGUAACGAAGUUCAGUGUGUUGGGGGAACAUCCUCCCCCUCCUCCUCCUCCUCCCCCUCCUCUUCCUCUUCUUCCUUCUCCUCCUCUUCCUCCUCCUCGGCUCUGUUGCUCCAUCACAUCGUUUUAUACCGGAGAGUAACGUGUUGUACAUUACCUUCGUGAAUUGUUUGUUAGUGUUACUUGUUAGGGCAGAACACCCCUCCAUUACCCGGGCUCUUUUAUAAGAUACCAUUUCUAGAUGUGUUGUGAGUUUUACAGAGUCUAACAAGUGUUCUGUGUAGAGGAGAGGGUGCCGGAAGCCUCCACUGUAAUCUUAAGCAGCCCGCAGCAGCCCCACUGUAGAUUAUAAUGUUGAUCAUGAUGCCUUAUAAUCGAGAGGUCAGCACGCGGCUGCUUACGGACUCCUGGCUGCGCUAAUGAGUCUCCAGGAGAGGAUGGUUAAUAAAUAGUUCAAGGUUGAAGAAUAUACACAGUUUAUUUUUUAAGGAAUCAUGUAAUCGCCCUUGAGGAUGGUCCUUAUCUUUGUAAAUUGAAGAUAUUGUAUACUUAAAAAAAAUAUUUAAUUAUAUUAUUACGUAAACUGUUACACACUAAAAAUCUUUAUUGCCUUUUACAUAAAAACAAAAAAAUUGUUAUCACUCAUUCUUGUCAUUGUCAGAAUGGUAAACAAAAUUUGCCACUAAUAUCAUGUCAUCAGCUCCAUCAUUAUUUCACUUAAGUCUUUUUUUUAUAUAUAUAAGUUUAGGUAGCUUUUAAUUUUGUA